AUGAAGGAGUUGCUUUCCAAGAAGAGAAAGUUAGAAAAUGACAAGACAGUCCCUUUGACUGAAGAAUGUAGUGCUAUUUUGCAGAGAAAGCUGCCUCAAAAAUUAAAAGAUCCAGGCUCAUUCAGCAUUCCAUGCUCUAUUGGAAGUUGUACAAUAGGAAAAGGUUUGUGUGAUCUUGGGGCAAGCAUCAACCUUAUGCCUCUUGCCAUAAUGAAAAGACUUGGAAUAGAGGAAGUCAAGCCAACAAGCAUCACUCUACAACUUGCAGACAGAUCGUUUACUUAUUCAUAUGGUAUUGUAGAGGAUUUAUUGGUAAAAAUUGACAAGUUUAUUUUCCCUGCAGAUUUUGUCAUUUUAGAUAUGGAGGUGGAUGCCGAUAUUCCUUUAAUAUUGGGCAGACCUUUCUUAGCUACAGGGAGAGCUUUGAUUGAUGUGCAAAAGGGGGAAUUAAUGCUUAGAGUGCAAGAUGAAAAGGUUACAUUUAAUGUUUUUGAAGCACUUAAACAUCCUAGUGAUGAUAGCACUUGUAUGAGAGUUGAUAUUUUAGAAUCUAUGUCAUUUCCUCAAUUAAUUGAUAAUGUUGACGAAUUUUCUAUGUUAAGGGAAAUUAUAGUUGCAGGGAAUUCACAAGCUGCUGUAAAAAGAGAAGAAAAAUUCAUGGAAUAUGUUCAGCAACUUGAAACACUGCCUAUUAUCCCUUUAUCCAAAAAUUCAGCAAGAGAGGAGCUGAAAAAGGAAGAGGAAAAGGAGAAAAUGGAGAAAGUUGAGCUGAAACAAUUACCAUCUCACUUGAGGUACUCUUUUCUGGAUCAAGGACAUCAAUAUCCAGUGAUUAUAAGCAAUAAUCUCAAGGGAGAUGAAGAAGAAAAGCUGCUGAGAAUUUUAAGGAAUCACAAAUCUGCAAUUGGAUGGCACAUCUCAGAUUUGAAAGGUAUUAACCCAUCCUUUUGUAGACAUGGAAUUCUGUUUGAGGACAACUACAAGCCAGUAAUAUAG